CUUGCAGCCUGUUACAUUUUUGAAUAAGCUAAAUAAGCUGUUCUAUUUUUCUUCUGAUAAUACCAUAGUUACUAGUCAUGGUUUGGUUAGCAAGGCUACAGCAGAAGCCAUUUUUAACAAAGAUGCAUCCAUUUAUAUGUCAUUUCUUGAAUCGUUAUGUAUAGCUACCAAGAUUUCACAGGAGCAAGUUAAUGUAACUAUUGAUCAGUGUAGUUAUUAUAUUUCUAAUGUCUGCACUCACCCACCUCUUUUGCAAUGCAGUCCUACCUCACUUCAUUUGGUUCAUGACACAAAUAAUUCAUUGUCACAUUUUUUAGUCACUUUCACUGCCAAUUUUCUGAAGUCAUAUUCCAAAGCUCAACUCGAUGUAUCCAGGAUCCCUCACAUCAAUGUGACACGAUUUUGCUCUCAGUCAGAUGGUCUACUUUUUGAGCUUGUUCAUUUUGGGGAUAUCAUUGAAUUUCGUUUUCCUAAUCUUGGUAAUGAGCUUUUGCUGCAUAAAGUCUGUGAGCAUAUUGUCAUCAUAUGUCAUGAGAUAAUGAAGGAAAGUGAUGUAUUAUAUAAUUUUGCAAUAAUGUGCGAGAGGUCCGAGCAUUCCUGUGAGCUUAAGAUGGAGCGCCAUGCUCUUCCUUUUGAAAAAGAGAAAUGCGAAAAAUGUUCUGUUGCCAUGUCCAGUCAAGAUACUAAGAAGGUCAAAGUAUUUAACAAAAUAUUGACAGAGCAUAAAGUUGCUGUCAAGAAAAGACUCAACGGAGACUCUUUCUCAUCAGAAGAUGCUUCUAUCAUAUCAGAAAAAUUGACUGAACUAUCAGCUGAAGGAGCCAAAGCUGUUUAUAAUGAAUUUAUGGGAACAACCUCAGAUAAAGACUGGAAAGACUGGAAGGUCUUUAUGCAAAUGAUACUUACCUGGGAAGAAAAGAAUAAAGAUGCAAAGAGACAAUUUUUAUCAAAGUUUCGGUUGAUAGAUUUAGCUGAUAAAUCAGAUGCUGAUAGAAUGCAACAAAUUACUAACAGUCAAAUCAGAGGUUAUUACAGAUUACAAGGAGAUACGUCUACAAUUCAACAUUUAAAAAGUGAUUCUGUUGAAAAAGAUGAGACAAUAGCCAAAAUCAAGAAGCAGGUAAAAUCUUUUAAAGAUGUUGGAGUACAGUUUGAUUACAUGGAUAAUUUGAACUCUUUGAGUGAUGUCCAGAUAGCAGAGAAGAAGAUAUUCUCAAUUCAAGGAGACAAGUCACAGUUGAUAAACUGGGAGGAUUUUGGUUUGAGAAUUAGUUUAGAAGACUGUAGCUUAUCUCCCUCACAAACAGUAGAAAUAGCAGUGAUUGCCCUUGUAGGAGGACAGUUUCAGUUUCCUAAGAAUACUAUCCUAGUCAGUGCUGUGUAUGCAGUAUCACUCUCAAAGCCUCUUCUGAAACAACUAACAUUAGAAAUACAGCAUUGUGUUGAUUUAUCAAGGCAACCAGCUCUUAGUCGUUAUCUCAAGUUUGCUAUAGCUCCAUUAAGCCACACACCCAGUCUUCCUUACCAGUUCUCUAUAGUUGAGGGAGGAGAGUUUAAACCUGUUAGUUGGUAUGGAUCCAUUCAGCGUAAAGAGUUCUGUUUGGUAGCUAUUGUUGGGGAGAAACAUCUACCCAAAUCAUCAACUAAUGGAGAUGAGUCAGAGGAAGAGGAGGAGGAGCAAGAGGAACAAGCAGAAGAGGAAAUUGAGGAGGAAGUGGAAGAUGGUAAUAGUGAUUCAUCCAGUGAUUCUGAUAAGACUAAAAAUCCACCAGGAGGUAGCAGUGGAGGACAAGGAGAGUCUACUAAUAAUAAGGGAGUAGAGGAAGAGGAGACUGGAGGUCAGCCAUUACAUGAGGAAGGAAAUGAAGAGCAAGAUAAUGAAAGAGUAGAAGAGUCAAAGGAUCAUGAAGAACCAGAGCAUGAAGAAGCAACUGCUCCAAUACCUUGCACUGAGAUUAGUUCAGAUUUUAAUAGUAAAAUGGUUGUUUCCACUGGCUUAGUAGAAAAUAUGACAUAUGUUGGACAGGUUUAUUAUGAGGAGAAAAGAGCUAAAGAAUUGGUGACCUUCUCUGCAGCUAAGAAAUUGAGUGCUCUCCAUGAGUUCAUUGAGAAGAAACACGUACAAGCUGAGAUUGAUCAACAUGUUUAUUUUUCUUUCAAUCCUUCUUAUUCAUAUAUUGAAUUAAAUUUUGAUGCUCCACAAAAGAAGCCUUACACUGGAUGGGAUAUUGAGCCUCACCUUCAGCCUUGUAGAUUGCGUCGUUGUGAUGUUGAUAAUUUUGGUGACGCUAAUUAUUCUGUUCCUCCAUUUUGUUUGAUAUCAAUAUAUGGAUCACCUGGUGCUGUAUCAUCACUACAAUACUCUGUACCACUAGUGGGUGUUGUUGACCCAGUUACAUUGCUCAUUCAUUGUUCAUUGAGAACUGCUCCUCCUCUUCCACUUCCUUCAACAAAUCCUACUACCUCCUCCUCCCUUAAUGUAGUGCAUAGAUCAACGCCAGUAUCAGGAGCUAUAGGUACAUUUAGAUCUGAUAUUGCUCAUAGAGUAAUGACAGAAUGUACUGGAAUGAUAAAGAAUUGUGGGAUUGAUAUUCACUUCUUAGUUGACAAAUUGUUGGAACACAAUGUUAUAAAUGCAAGAGAGAAGAGAGGAAUAACUGAUGGCUACACUAAACAAACUGCUGGUGAAAGAAUGGAUGAAUUGCUCCACAUCAUUUCAAGCUCCAUUAAUAUGGAAGGAGAAGUAUUUGGUAUAUUCUUAGAUAUACUCAGAGAGGAAGGGACUAGAAGAAUUAUUAAACUAGCUGAUAAACUAAUAGAAAAAUAUAAUAAAACUUAGCUUAUUUUUUAUUAUUGUUGUUGUUGUUUUGCUUAUUGUUGAUUUUAUCAAAGAAAAA